UUGACCGUCGGCUCAGUCGUUGGCUCCAUUCGAGAGCUUUUUGCUAAGAUCAAGGCCAUUGAUGCGAAACAUGGCAAAUUCGACCUUGUCCUCUGUAUCGGGGACUUUUUUGGGCCGCCGGAGGCGUCUGCAGACGUUACAAAACUGCUGCUUGACGGAAAACUUUUGGCCCCCAUCGAAUGCUAUAUCAUGCAGGGAGAAUAUCCAUUACCAGAAGCUGUUGUUCAGAAGUUUGCAAUUACAGGGGGUGAACUUGGCAAAAAUGUGUUUCUGAUGUCCAAGUCUGGCGUCAUUUCGACUGCUCAUGGUCUUCGCAUUGCCUGCCUGGGAGGAAUCUACGAACCAAACAUAUAUGACUCUGCUGACGCCGCCCCGGUCUGCGUCGUCUUCGUCCAAACUGUAGAGCGACUGUUGUCCAACUCUUUGGCUCAGUCAGGUACAGGCAAAAAUUACAAAUCUCUUGCUGCCAUCCAAUCCGCAGCGACCUCUUCUUCACUCAUCGAUAUCCUGGUGACCAAUGUUUGGCCAUCUGCAAUAUCUCAAUUCUCGUCGGUACCUUUUCCAGGCACACGCCUAGAUUCUGUGGGCGCCCCGCCUCUUGACAAUCUCGUCCGUCAUACAAAACCCCGAUACCAUUUUGCAGCAGGACAUGGGCAGCAACCUAAUUUUUGGGAAAGAGAACCCUUCCUCUGGGAUGACGAGGCUGGCCGUCUCUCACGUUUCGUAGGCCUCGGUGCUUUUGGGGGAAAACCAUCAAUAGGAAAGAAGCAAAGGUGGUUCUAUGCGUUUUCCAUUUCACCGAAUACUGCAGGGCCAGUAUCGCUUCCACCUAAUGUCACCAAGAAUCCCUUCCUCGAAUUUGCGCCUCAGGCCGUGAAACGCCCCUUUGAGGCCACAGAGGCCGAUAACUAUAUAUUUGGCAACAAAGGCGAACCUGGUAAACUGCCUCCUGGCUACAAAUGCCGAAGGUGUGAAUCCACUGAGCAUUUCAUCAGCGAGUGCCCUGAAAGAACGAAACCACCAGAAGGUUACGUAUGCAAGGUAUGCAACACACCAGGCCACCUUGUGCGCGAUUGUCCAACGAGGGAUGCUAGAGGCGACACCGGUGGCAAGAAACCGAAACCAGGCUAUGUCUGUCGUGCAUGUGGCAGCGAAGAACAUUACCUUGAAGACUGCCAUGUAGCGAAUCAACAACUUAACCAAGGUCAAAGACGCGGGAAGCGUGGGCCGGUCAAGGAGAUAGCGCCUGACGAGUGUUGGUUUUGCUUGUCAAAUCCGAAUCUAGCGAAACACUUAAUUGUUGCAAUUGGCUCCGAAUGCUACGUCACCCUGCCAAAAGGCCAGAUUAUUCCUACUCACCCAGUAAAUAAUCAAUUCAGGGUGCCUGGUGGAGGGCAUGUGCUUAUCGUUCCCAUCACACAUUAUCCUACAUACUCAACAAUUCCUUCUGACUUGGCACCAUCUAUUCUUGAGGAAACUGAACAGUAUAAGACUUCCUUGCAAGCAAUGUAUGCGAAACACGGGGAAUGCGCAGUUGUAUUUGAGGUAGGGCGAUUGAGCGCCAAAGGAGGACAUGCACAUGUCCAGGCUGUUCCGAUACCUUUGUCCCUCAAAGAUAAAGUUGAACAAGCGUUCAUAACAGAAGGUAGGCAACUCGGGAUUGACUUUGAACCAGACCCCGAGGCGGCCAUGGAAGCUUGUGCAGGUGGAAAGGGGAGCUACUUCAAGGUUGACCUUCCAGAUGGUCGAAAGAUGGUGCAUCUCAUGAAAGAUCAUAUCCCUUUUAGCAUUCAGUUUGGAAGACAAGUUUUGGUUUCCCUCUUGGACAUGCCGAAUCGACUGGAUUGGAAAGCGUGCACGUUAUCGGAGGCAGACGACCGGGCGGAUGCUGAAUCCUUCAAAGUUGCUUUUGCACCUUUCGAUUCAAGUAGCUAA